AGUUAACUACUCCGUAGUCUCCGUAGUCAACUAAGUUACUCAACCUAUCCUUGGCCAAGAGCGUACGGAGUAAACAUGGAGAAGAAGGUCUUCGAAAAGUUCAAUGGCACCCAUGUCACGGAGGAUAUGCUCCAGCAAGCGUCCAAACUAUUCUCUGAAAAUUAUGGCGUUUGGAAUGAGCACGCUGAAAAGCUGAUGGGCAAGUUUGCGAAAGCCGGUACAGAAAAUCGAGAACAUAGAGCGAAAUAUGUUCUAUUAUGCUUCGCGAUGAAAUGCUACCAACGGCCAGUUCAGCGACGACGGGUUCAUGGGAGAAUACAAGGACAAGUGCAAGAUCGUAUAGACACUGUGUCUUAAUUAAGUGUAUUGGAAACUGGAGCUACGAAACAAUGUAUUGUAUCUCCAUACUUUCAAGAAACAAUCCUAGGUUCCAAUGCUCGGGGCUAUAUAUACGUAUACGCAGUCAUAAUAAACCGUCAAG